GUACGGGAAAAGAUGGCAUUGCCAAAGAAUACUACACACUUGACUCCAUCUUGUAUUUGCUCAAAAAUGUUCAUUUACAGCACCCACUUUACGUUAGAGAGGCUGUGGUAAGUAGCAUUUCAUCAGAACAGGGACGUAACAAACUACAACUCAUAACAUGAGUGACAUAACACCCUUAAAUAAAAGAUGAGCAUUAGUUUCAGACUUUAAAUUAUUGUUUACAUUUAAAUUUAAUGUUCAAAGAUUUGUUUUUUUCAUUUUCAUAGGUAAUGAUACACAAGUAAACUGCUAUCAAACUUUAAUGGUUGUUAAGUUACAAAGAUUUAUAUUAUUUAAAUUUUUUGAAAUAAAAUCAUAAACUUUAAGAGUCAUUAAAUUUUUUGGAAAUUGUAUUUUAGAUUUAUAAAGUUUAGUUUCAACAAUAACUUUAAAAGCUUCUGUUUUUCCACAUUUCAGGCAGCUAAUAUCAGUGUUGUUCGUCGUCCUGAUAGAAAAGACCUACUGGCAUACCUAAAUGGAGAGACAACUACUGCAAGCAGCAUCGACAAGAGUGCUCCCCUUGAAAUAUCCCAGAGACCAACACAGAGUAUGUCACACUGAUUUUACUUUUUAUUUUUUCUGUUGUGUGACCCUUGAGUUGACUAGAUGCAAAAAGUUAAACAAAUCACAUAGUGUUUUAUUCAGGUUUUUUUUUUUGGGGGGGGGGAGGGGGGGGGUGGAGUUCAAGUCUGUACAAACUAUCACCCCAUGACGCUCUCCUAUGUUUAUAUCCUGACAUUUACUUAAGUAUCAUUGGCUCCUUUUUUUUUCAAAAUAAUAAUAACAAUUGAGCUUACAAUCAGACUUUAUAUAGCAAAUUACUAAACGGACCUGUUGUGAAUUCAUGUCAUGCUGAAUUUCAACCCCACAUGGAAUACAUUUUCUUUUAUUUCAGUCAAAAGAACUGCUGAAGAUGGAGCUGGUGAAAGUGAUAAAAAGAAACCAAGAUUGGAGGUAUGAAGUGGUUCAAUAUUUAUACAUUUUUAAAAAGAUUUUCUGGAGAUUACAGAUAAGAUUCUUUAGUAUACACAAACAAAGGGACAUGUUUUUUUGAUUACAUUGCACAUAUUCAUUUUCAGCACAUAAAUAAGUACAUAUUUUAGCCAAGACAACAUAAGACAAUUACAACAAUUUUAGUUGUAAAUAAAACUAAGCUUUUAACAGUGAAAUUAACUAUGUUAUAGGUAAUUAUAUCAUCAUUAAUGUUUUAUGUGUAGUGAAAUGUGGUUGAUAUUAUCUGCUUUUAAUAGUAGAUGUUGAAUACCGAAUAAUUGCACAUGAAUACAAAAUAUUUAACUAAAAGCUUGAGUCAAUAUUGUCUCCUGCCUCAUCUUAGGAUCCUCAAGUGCAAAGAGAAAAAAUCAACUGGAUCAAUAAAAUUGAUGGUGGCAGAGAGUCUUCUGUGCUACCCUCCUCUCUUGGGUAAGAACAUCUUUAAGAACAUCUUUAUAGUUAUUCUUUGAUGAAACCAGACAUGAGAAUAAAUUAAAUUUAAAAUGUAAACAUUGUUAACUAAUGAAAAAGCCGAUUAGUGAACCUGAAGUUGCCUACAGAAUAUUGCAGAUUAAAAUAACUUAGUGCACUGCUUGUGAAUUAUCACAAUUACAUUUUUUCUUGCACAAAAAUAUUUAAAUUAAUGCAAAUUAUAUUUUCCUCCACAUUUUGCACUUACAAAAAUGUAGAUUUCGUGGGGGGGUUUGUCUUAAUCAUAAUUGCCUCAUCAUCAACAGCCCUUCAUCACUGCAUGAGGCGAUGCCACUUGAGAAAAUUGCAGCGAUCAAGGCUAAGAUUCUGGCCAUUAAACGUACAAAAAUCAAAGGUGACGACGACCUGCAGCCUGGGGCACUAGAGCAGAGAACUUUCGUGGAUGCCGAGGUGGACGUGACAAGGGACAUUGUGAGCCGUGAAAGGUUGUGGAGGACGAGGACCACCAUCUUACAGAGUGUUGGAAAGGUUAGUGGUUUUCAGAAUGCUGCCAGCGUGAAAUUAGCACUCUGAAGAUGAGCCAUCGUACAUGAUUUGCACCUUUUAAACUCUCUGAGUUCAAGUUUAAAGUGUAACUGCAUUAGUUUCAUUAUUAGCGCUGUUGAGUAGAUUAUCAAUUAUUUACAAUAGACUUUUGGAUCUUAAAAUAUUGCACGAUUUCUGUGUAAAAAAAACAACAAGUUAACUUAUUGAACAGUGCACCAUUUUGAAGGCUACUAAACUUCAGUAUUACUGGCUGAAGUGGGAAUUCCAUUGUCUGACAUCAAACACAGAUUAAAUAGACUAAUCAAGAAAGCUAGUAAUAUUACACAAACUCAACAUCCUUCGCCUGAAGAACUAUUUGAAGAAAGAUGCUGUUGUAAGACAAAAUUUGUUUUGGAUAAUACAUCCCGUCCUUUUCAUCACAGAUACCUAAGAUCACCCCAAUCAGGGCAAAUUCUUUCUCUUCAAGUUAGGAAGAAAAAUAUAAACACUUUUUUCUUCCCCAGUCUGCACCAAUUUACCAGCGUGCUCCCCCAGCAGUUACCAAAUCUAAAUGAUCUCUAAUUAAGUCAUUAUUGUCACCGAAGGAGUUCAUUGAUGACUCAUUUCUAUGCUAGAGAAAUACUUUAGUUUUCUUGUGUUUAAAUUGUCAUAAAUGUAAAAUGUUGUCUUUUUAAAAAUAUGUAGGUAUUUAUUUACAAUGUAAUAAAAAAACAUUUCCAUUUAUUUGGAUCAAUAAAGAAUCUUAUGUUUUAGGAAUAAAUCUCAGUCUUAUGUUCCUGAAGAGGUUGAAUGUAAUAAACAUAUAAAACCAAAUAGUGCCUUGACCUGCCAGUGACAGACAUUUUUUGUGUUUGCAGCAAUUUGCCAAAAACAUCUUCAGCAUUCUACAGUCUAUAAAGGCCAGGGAGGAGGGAUCACAAAGGACUCAGAAUCCUUCUCAAAGUGCAGUCACAUCAUCUGCUGUAAGUUAUCUAGUUAUAAGUUUCUGAAGGCAUUUGUAAGAUAUAACAUUUGUAAGUUGUUUAGUUAUUUAUUAUUAAAGCUGUCUUUUAUAUAGUGCUGUACCCCAGCCAAGGGUUGGCCUCACCGCGCUUCACAUAAAAAUAUUGGCAACAAUAAGCAGGAAAUUUAAACGGUUACAUAAAUUGAUUUAAUUUGUUAAAAAAGAACUUUAGAUAUAUAAAGUCGUCGUCCCCCCCCUCCCAACUUAAACUAUUACAUGUCAAGUUAUGGACGGCACCCAGCAGCAUCGUUUUAUCGAUCAGAGGUGGGUGGGAAUCAGUUGCGAUGGUAUAAUUUGAAUAAAAAUGUCUUUAGUGCAGUUUUGAAGGCCUGGAUGGUCGUAUAUUGCGGAUGUUUAAUGGGAGAGAAAUCCAUUUUUUUGGGGCGCAGAAAGGGAGCUUUUCGAAGCAUUUGUAUGAUGUAACAUUGGUAAGAUAUAACAUUUGUAAGUUACUAUUGUCUCACAUUAUUAAAGCAGUCUCAGUCUUUGGUGACUGCGCGGUUUACUUUUGACCAAGUCAGGGGGCUACUCUGUUGACACUUGACUAGUUAAAGCCAUACAUUUUCACUGUUCCCAGCAGCCCCAGACCAGACCUCCUCAAGUCAUCAGUGGUUACAACAGAUACGAUCAGGAGAGGUUCAAGGGAAAAGAAGGUGACCAAUGAAAAGACAUCUCUUGCAGUUUCAUAAACUCUGGUGGCUUCAAUGGUUUUAAUAAUAAUUUAUCAUUUUGAAAAUGGUAGCUUGUGCCGAGCUUGUCUAAAUUUAAAAGGUUUUAUUACUGGAUGGAAAUAGUCAACAGAACUUGGGAUUUGCUAUUUUCAGGAAUAAAUGAAAUUUGUUUUAUUUUAAAAUUGCAGUUCUCUAAUGUUUGUAAAAAAAAGUUUUAAAAAAUCUGUUGUUCGCACGUUAUAGGCAUAUUCAUUUGGUGCUGGGAUGUUUCUAUGGAACAGUUAUAUUAUUAUUAUUUGUGGUGGUUUUGUAUAACAGGGUACCCCAGCCUAGGGCUGGGCUCACCACGCUGUACAUACAAUUUAACAAACAUAAUCAUGAACUUAAAAAUUAACAUAAAUUCAUACAGCAUUGCGACUACAUCUCUGUUUAUGAUGUUCACUUGGUGUUUGUUUUUUGUCUGGUCAGAAACCGAGGGAUUCAAAAUCGACACUAUGGGUACCUUCCACGGCAUGGCCCUGAAAUCAGUGACCGAGGGUGCACAAGCCAGAAAGAUGCCUCAGCCAAUACCGCAGCCCAUACAACAACCUGUACCAGUCAUUCAACCUGUGUCCAGGCCCAUAUCACAGGCCAGACCACCCCCUAAUCAGAAGAAAGGUUGGUAGAUGUUUGUCAUAUGUGUCAAAAUAACAAAAACCUGCUGGUAAUUUUAAAUUAAUUCCUAAUCAGUUAUAUCUUGCUUUAUGCCAUUAUCUAUGUUAUAAUUAUUGCUUUCAUAAGCUGUUUAAAUUAAACAGUUCACUAUAUAAUGACUUAAUUCACAUAAUUGUCAUUAGGGUUAUUAUUAAAUAGUUGACAUUAAUUUAACAAAUAUUUUUCUUAUUCUAAGUUAUUACCCAUGUUAGAUGCUUUCAAUCUGUUCAUGUUAAUUCUUUAUUUCUGAUCUCUCUCAGGCUCACGUACCCCCAUCAUCAUAAUUCCAGCAGCUUCUACAUCUCUAAUCACAAUGCUGAAUGCUAAAGACAUCUUAGAGGAUCUAAAGUAAGGCUUCAAUGUGGACAUGUAUAAUACCAAAUAACUGAGCUCUUAGGGAAUGUUUGUUACCUUAAUUAAUAUUUCUGGUAUAAAUAAUUCAGUCAUUGAAAGUCAUGGCAUGCUCUACAGCAGUAGUUCUCAGCCUGUGGGUCGUGACCUCUUUGGGGGUUGAACGACCCUUACUCAAGGUUCUCCUAAGGCCAUUGGAAAACACAUAUUUAUGAAGUAGCAAUGAAAAUAAUUUUAUGGUGGGGGGGUGUCACCACAACAUGAGGAACUGUAUUUAAAGGGAACCUGCAUUAGGAAGGUUGAGAACCACUGCUCUUCAGUGAAGUCUGGAUAAGUCAACUAAAGAGAAUCAUUUGCUGAGGUUCCAAAAGUGUCUUAAUCAUCAUCAUCAAUGGCACUACAGCCCAUGUAGGGCUCUGGCCUGCUCCACCACAUCCUUCCAUUCGGAGCGAUCCAUGGCUUUCCGUCUCCAUGCUUGAACUCCCAACUGGUGUAAAUAAAAGUGUCUUAAUAGAAUUUAAUAUCUUCAUUAAAGAAUACAUUUAUAUGGGUGUUUCUUGAUGUGAUUUGUUGAUCCUCUUCAGAUUUGUAAGUACAGAAGAUAAGAAGUCACUGGGCACAAAGAGAGACAACGAAGUUUUGAUACACAGACGUAAGGAUGGAGGCCUGUCCGUGCCCUACAGAAUCAUUGACAAUCCACUCAAACUUACACCAGACGACUGGUAGGGCUUGGUCUUUAUAAACCAUUUCAAAUUAGUGGCAUCAGACUAAUUUGCAGGAUUCGACAAUAAUUACACGGUUUAAUGUGAAGUAUAUUUCUAUAUCUUUGUGUUUUAAAAUUGUGCAUGGCUGCCACAGGUCUAUCUAUGCUCAUGAUCAUUCCACAGGGAUAGAGUUGUUGCUGUCUUUGUUCAAGGUCCAGCUUGGCAAUUUAAAAGCUGGCCGUGGAGUGGAAACCCUGUUGAGAUAUUUUCAAAAAGUAAGUUCUUGCUGUAAUUUUAAAUUUUUUGUUUGAUUGAAUCAAUAGUCUCUUCUUUACUGUACUGAUUUUAAGUGUUAUGUUUAAAUGAACUCCUAAUAAAGUUUUUACAUAUUAUUAUUCACUUCAGUCAAAGCUUUCCAUUUAAAGUGGUCAGAGCUGCCUCUAGACACCAAUGUCCAGAAAUGGUCAGUUAACAUUAUGAACCUUGACAGACAUCGCAGACACUUGGACAGAGCCACACUGCAGCAGUUUUGGGAAGUUCUUGACAAGUAAGUCCCAGUUAAAGAACAUCAAUGUCUUACGAUAUGAGGCAUAAUCAGGCCCUGUUAGACUCUUAUGGGUCAACAUAUAAUCAGGCCCUAUUAGACUCUCAUGGGUCAACAUAAUCAGGGCCGGUUAGAAUCUCAUGGUUGAACUUCAACUUCGCACUGCAAAUGAAAAGAUGACUUUCAAGAAAAAACAUUAAUAUUUUUAGAUACUGGUACCAUAAUUAAAGUAACGGUGGAAUAAUUAAUUCCCUUUUGUUAUAUUUGUCGCUGUAAAAUGACUAAUCACACUUGAAAACUCUAAUUACAUUACUAUGUUGAUGAAAAAAGUUAUAAUUGUCCCAGCAACAAUAUUAAAAUCUAUUAUUCUGGGUAACUGAAAAUGUGUUGCAUUUAAAGUUGUCUAAUUUUUCAUAACAUGAAUUCAUUUGUUGCCUGUUUCAGGUACAUGAUGAAAAACAAGCCCCACCUCCGCUACUGAAGACUGGCACGCAGUUGUGUCAUAGUGACAAUGUUUUAUUGCAUAGUUUUGUUUCAUUACAUCCACGCUGAUUGAUUGGAUUUACAAGAGUUGCAUCUUGACUGAGUACAAGCAGUGGCUGCAAAUUCUCAUUCCUACUAAAUACUACACUGUUUAAAUACUUGCACACACACACACACACACAUGGAGACAUUGGCCUGAGUUUCGAUGCAGUUAUGCUGAGUCUCACCCUCGACGUGGAAAGCUCAAGCUCCUGGCACAUCUACUCAAUUGGCAGACAGGCUUGGCACAGACAGCCCUGCUCCUUUCUAUUUAACCAUGUAAAUAAAAACAACUAGUUAGUAGUCAGUUAAGUUGAAAGUUCCGAUUGAAAAGUAUUGUUUAAUAAAUGAGCAGUAGUUGUAAGGCACUUUGUUCUAAUGGCUUCAGCCAUCAGUGAACCUUACUGAAGUAUUCCAUCAGCACUAUUACUAAGCAGGCUUAUACUAACUUAUAGGCAUUGCAACGUGUGCUUGCCUUGGAUCUGGUGGGCUGCCCAUUUGACAUCCAAAGAUGCCAGCAUUGUUUGUGGCACUGACAUCAUGAACUUAGUUUCCUUGCGAAUAAUGUUGAGACAUCUCAAUUGUUUGGAGUUGUUAGUGACACACCAUCGUUGUUUGUGUUUUUUUUUUUUUGCUCACUCCUGUAACUGAAACAUUAAUCUUUAACGUUAUCGAUUCUAUUUUCUUUUAGCUAAAAUUGAAAUAAGAUACGACAAAUUGAUAUUUGAUCUGCAUAUCGCUUGUCCCAUGCACAACAGAUUCGGCAGAUUAAUAUUGAUGUAUUAAGUAUAUCAAGUGAUGGAGAGAGAGACAAGUGCUUCCAACAAUAUGACAGCUUUCUCUUUGAUUUUUUAAUGGUUUUUUUAUUGUUUAAAACAUUAUUUUUACCUGUUUAUUAAAAGAUUUUUAUUUUGAGUGUGUGUGUGUAACCUUCUAAUUUGUGGUGUCACACAUCUCAAACUUUCACAACACACUCAGAAUCAUAGAGUAAAACAUAAUUCCCUAUGCUUGGUCUGGCACAACAGACUAAUUGAACAGCAUUGUAUGUCUUUGUAAUACAUUACAUGAACACAUUAAAGUCUCUUCAAUGCAUGAUGAUCCUAUUAUUGAUUUUUAAAAAGAAGCAAUAGAUUCCUAUUUUUGUUAUGCUUCAUCAACUGCAUGAACUUAAAAGAAAUAAAAAUAAUAAAUGCAGGUGUAUUAUACUUGUACAUGCUUAUCUGAUCACAUAUUCAUCUACAGGUAUAUGUGUCUCAGAAUACCACGAUUCAUGUACGUACAUAAUAAAUGGCAGUGUGACUGAAUGACAGUUAAUGUGUGUGUAUGUGGUAAAGAAGCUGUGAUGUUAAUUAAUUGUUUGAAUUUUACAUUUUGUUUUAUUAUUUUUGACCAACAUAAAUCUGCUUCUCUUUGAGCUAUAGUACAACAUUCAGAUGUCCCAUUGUUGUAUCUGGCAACAUUUUGAUGGCUCUCAUCAUGGCAGGUUCUUAGUGUCUUCACAUUUUUGUCAACUGAAGUGUAGUAGCCAGACAGCAUCUGGCCUCAUGACCGGCUCAUCUGGCCACACGACCAGCUCAUCUAGCAAGGCUUGAGAGCUUGCACUCACUGCGUGUCAGUCUAUUUGAAACAAAUUAUUGUAUUAAACUUUCCCCUGUUGGUUUGAUCAGGUCGGUUUUCUCCACUUGAUUUUCUUGUACAGAUAACUAUGUAUGUAUAUAUCCAUAAUUGUUGGCUCAACCCCCUCAGCGGUGUCCAUGUUUAAUACUGACCUUUAGGUAUCGCUAUCAAUCAACAGUUGCAGUAGAUGGAGAACUAUGAUUAUUAAUAAAUCCUUUUUUUUUUUUUCUUCAACAAAUUUGUGUUGACUUUUUAAUUUACUUUAAUAUCAAGUUAUUUAAAUAAAACUCUCAAGUGAAUGAUUGAUUUAUUAACAAAUUUUAACUUGACUGAACACAAAUUAUCUAAAACCUCUGUUCAUCAAUUUUUGUUGAAAUCUUAUGA